CCCGCCAUACCGAUACACGGAGCACAUCACAUCCCGACGGUACAACGACGCCGCCGUUCCAUCGAUAGAAUCACACUCGCAGUGUGUGUCACUUGCAGUCGUCAUUCGGCUGCCAGUCUAGACAGGCGGUGAUUUGACAACUACGGGACAGUCGCUAAGAUGGCUGCAUCCAGCCCCAAAAAAAUUAAUAAUACAGCAUCUCAUGUGAAGCAUACGGAAUCGGAUGCCCAUAGUUUCAUUGUGACGGAACAGGUAUUUCCUUCAAGUCAAGGACAAGAAGACUCAACCCCAGAACAGAGAAUAGUACCAGCAGAGUCAGAUGAUGUAUAUCCCAAACAGGGUCAAAAAAGAUUAGCACUUAUUUUCAAUCAUGAAGAGUUCCUGCAACCAUCCAACAGAGAAAGAAGUGGUACACAAGUUGAUAGGCAAAGUCUUCAGGAAUGCUUCAAGAAAUACAACUUUGUUAUAGAACCUUUGAAAGAUAACAUGAAAAAAGCUGAAAUUCAAGAAAAAUUAAAAGAGGUUGCGGAGAGAGAUCAUUCUGAUACUGACUGCCUUGCUGUGGCUGUGCUCACACAUGGGAAUGAUAGAGGAGGUCUGGCCGCUUAUGAUGACUGGUACACUGAAGAAGAAUUGAUUGGAUCUUUCACAUCGAAUAAAUGCCUUUCACUUACAGGAAAGCCGAAAUUAUUUUUUAUUCAGGCAUGUAGAGGAGAUAAAACAUCUGUUGCUGCUGGAACAAUUAACAUUCAAGCAGAUUCCUCUGAAUCAAAUGUGUUUUCAGUUCCUGAGGAAGCAGAUAUUUUAGUGUUCUACAGCACAUACGAAGGUAGGGUGGCAUAUCGUGAUACUGAGGAGGGAUCUUGGUUCAUCCAAGAACUGUGUAGUGAACUAAACAAAAAUGGUGAAAGAUAUGAUCUGCUGACAAUGCUAACACAUGUUAACUUCAAUGUGGCUGCCAGAAGAGUGAGGUUAAGUGGAAUACGUGAAAGGAAGCAAAUGCCAGUGAUUCAGAGUUCUCUAACACGAAAGUUUUAUUUAUCUGAGAAACCACAAUUUAAUGAAACAGGUAUCAGAAGCAAAUUAGAUGAAAUGCAUGAUCUUCUACUAGAUCUUCAUACAAAAAAAGAGAAGGAGCCUUCACCCAGAAGAACUGUUAAAAAAACUGUAGUUGAUAAAGACUGGGAAACCUCACUCCCUGCACCCAUGAGUACAUAUUCUGUGGUGCCUGAAGAUAAAGUAAUGCUACAAUUAAAAACUUACUUAGACAUGUUUUUAAAUUAUGAAGGAAACUUAUUGUCUGAAGAUGCAAUAGAUACAGGAAAUAUAAUAUUAAGCCAUUUAUCUAUGUGGAAGAAAAUGGAUAACAAUAAGCGGAAGUUUUUGUAUGAACAAGUUAUAAAAUUUUUUGUCAAAUAUGGUAGAAAAUGGCAGUAUUUUCAUGUUCUAAAUAUAAGUGACUCACAAAUUGCAAACAUUCAAGGAAAAUCAAAGCAGCUGUCAGGUUCUUCACAGUCUGUUAAUUCUGACAAAAAGUAACAGUAAGAACUCUACUUAAAAAAAAAAAAAAUCCAUUUACAUUUUAUAUGGAAAUAUGAAAUGUAAACUGAUGAGAAAGUUCCUACUAAUAUUACAAGUAAUGAAUCAAAUGAUGACUGUAGUGUAUUAUAUUUCCAAACAUUCUUUUAAUCUAGAUAUUUACUACAAUUUACAGAAGAUUAAUUCUGCAACUGAAAGCAAUAUUUUACUUUGCUUCAGUGUACUUUUCACAAUCAGUAUCAAUAAGAAAUGUUACAAACACUUUUUAUACAUUUUCAGUUGUGAACUACAUUUAGACAAGUCAAUAACACAUGAAAGUUGAUUGUUUUUCUCAUAAAUUCAAUAAACUCCUUUGUCAAAUUUAAUAACUUACUAGUUACAUAUUUGUAAUAGAUAAAGCUGUCCCAUAACCGUAAAAUAAAGACUGUAACUGAUAUUCUGUGAAAAAUGAGUUAACUACACUGUUUUUGAACAGUCACCAAGGUAUAGAAUAUUUUUCUGUUAUUUUUACUAUAUUCAGUUACUCAACUGCUAAUGGUGCAGAUUAAAGCCACAGAACAGAGACUGAAAUGAAAGUGAAUUUCUCAAAGUUACAAGAACUAGUAAUUCAGAAAAACCUUUAUUAGAAAAGCAGUCUCAUAGUACUGAAAUAAGACUGAGUAUCAGAUUUUUGGAAUAGUGUUUCUGAAGAAUACAUCAUUAUUCACUGGUAGAUAUUUAAGAUAUAUUGAUGAACUGAUUUUAGUCAUGAGAUAAGAGCAUUGUCUCCCUGCGAGCUUCAGCACUCAAAUGCUGUUAAAUUAUUUAUACAGAUUUCCUGUUUGAUAUAUGAAUCACUGUUUUAGUGUGUGACUACAUUUAUCAAAAAAAUUCAAACAAGGGAAAUUAAUCUACACAACAGAUACAAACAGUACCAUUUGGAAAUGAUAGUAAUAAAAACUGGCAGGAAACUGAUGAAUGAUAUGAGGUAUAUUUCGAUUUACUUCUGUAGAUGUAUUUUUGUCUACAAUAUCACUUCUUGUUCCUCUUCUUCUUCUUCUUUUCUCCUUCUUCUUCACACC